GCGCCGACCGCGGCGGGUCCCGCCCGGGGAGGCGGUGGCGGGGGAAGGGGGAGGAGAGGCGGCGGAGUGCAUUGCCUUCCGAGGAAUCAAACGGGGGGAGAGAGGAACGUGCGGAGGAAGGGAGGGAAGGACAGACAGGGCUGGGGAGGGUCCCGGUCCCGGUCCCGCCCGUCUCGGAGCUCCCGCGUCGCCUCCGCGCCGGGACUGCGGGGAGAGUCGCUUGGGGCGGCCGCCACCCGCCGGCCCCGCGCCCAUGUGCUCCCGGCAGCCGCGGCGGGCAGCCUCCACGCCCGGCGUGUCCGGACCUUUGACUUCAUGAUGGGAGGAAAUAUCCCCCCGGUUGUUAGGAUCCGAGCUUCACCCUGUGUGAGGAUUUGUCAAGGCUGAGAGACUCUGGAUUAUCCACAAACAUCCUCUAAAACACACGGUUACUUUUGUGUCUUUCCAUCGUGAGGGGUCUUGGAACAGAUACAAAGAUGGCCUCAAGCCUCACCUGUGCCGGUGUCAUCUGGGCCUUCCUCUCCUUCCUCUGUGCUGCUGCCUCCUGUGUUGGUUUCUUCAUGCCCUACUGGCUCUUAGGGUCUCAGCUGGAGAAAUCAGUUUCCUUCGGCACUUUCCGGAGGUGUUCCUACCCGGUGCGGGACGAGAGCCGCCAGAUGACCGUGAUGGUGGAGCAGUGUGGUCGCUAUGCCUCCUUCCAGGCCAUCCCGAGUGCUGAGUGGAGGAUCUGCACGGUGGUGACAGGCCUGGGCUGCGGGCUGCUUCUCUUGGUGGCCCUGACAGCACUCAUGGGCUGCUGCGUUUCUGAGCUGAUCUCCAGAACCGUGGGCAGGGUGGCAGGAGGCAUCCAGUUCCUGGGGGGUUUGUUGAUUGGCUCUGGUUGUGCCCUCUAUCCUCUUGGCUGGGACAGUGAAGAAGUCAGACAAACCUGUGGUAACCUUUCCAACCAGUUUGAAUUGGGGACCUGCCACAUCGGCUGGGCCUACUACUGCACUGGCGGGGGCGCGGCGGCGGCGAUGCUGGUGUGCACCUGGCUGGCCUGCUUCUCGGGCAAGAAGCAGAAGCAAUACCCCUACUGAGCUGGCCCCGGGCGCAGGUGCUGCCAGGCGCCUGAGGGGCUUGCCGAUGUCUUCUGGAUAACGAUGAUGAACAAGGAAUUUUUAAGUGCUUUCUCCCUGGAGCAGGCCUCGGGCGGGGUGGAAGGUGGCCCCAGGAUGGCAGGGAGGUGAAGGUGGUUCAAAGCCAUCCAAUCUGGCUGGGCAGGGAUGGGCUUUCUCCCUUCAAGCCUGCUCAUGGUCUGCUCCACAAAAAUACAGGCAAGGAAAACUCCACUUAUGCAAACAGUGAAAUUCUGCAUGCACCAAUUAAUUAACAGGUUGGUGAGGGGGCAGCGGUGCCUGGAAGUUGAGCUAGAGAAUGGCAGCCCCAAAAGCACACACACACACACGCACAGAUGUUGACCAUGGCACAAAAUGAGUAGAGAAGAAACAUUUUUUUUUGGUGCGGUUCUUCUUUCUUUUCCUUUCUUUCGUUUUUUUUGGUUUUUUGUUUUUUUUACUUCUCUUUGGUGGUUUAAAACUCAGUGUUGCAACACUUUUUAAUCUAUGUAUUAAACUUAAUAAAAGGACCAAUAAGCCACUUUAUCAGUAUUUUGUAUAAUCUCUACACAUUUUUCUUGCCCAAACAUUUAGCCACUGCUUAUUCAGCCCUCUAUAACUUUUAUUAAGCCUCUAUGUUUCCAGCAUUAUUGCAAAAUGCAACAUAAUUACUUGGCACAUGUAGCCUUCCUAUAGUACUUUUAUGAGAUGCAGUAAAUGGACACUUUUCUGUCCAUUGGAAGUUCAACUUAAGGUACUGUAGAGCUCUGUUGGUUACGUAUGACUAACAGGAAACUUCUUCCAGGCAUAGAUUUCUGUUACUGUUAUGUUUAGCUCAUUGAUGUCGUAUUGUGCUGUACCAUGUUUAUUAUUUCAAUAUUCAUUUUUGUAAAAUAUAUAUAUAAUAUGUGCUAUUUUAUGUUUGUAUUUGAAAAAUCUCUGUAAAUAAAUUUUUCCUUGAUCAAUACUUGCAA